UUUCCUCUCUCGUUGCCUUCUUGGAAAGAAAAGGAAUUGGCGUCGUGGUUUUAGAGAGAAGAGAAGGAGAGCGGGAGGAAACUAGAGAGACGGGGAGGCAGGGAAGGGAAGGAGAGAAGACGAAGGAAGGAAGGAAGGAAGGGGAGAGGGGAAUCGGAUCGGAGAAGGGAGAGAUGGUUUCCACCAGACGGAGCUCUUCGUCGUCCAAGGUGUCCUCGCCGUCCUCUCCGCCAUGUAGCAAGCGUCUCAAGGCGGAGAAUUCGCAGCCGAAAGAAGUGUCGUCUGCGCAGAGGGACGACGUGCCCGAAUCAAAGGAUUCGGCGUCUUCGUCUCGAGACCAGCUCCCUUCUGAUCCAGUGGUCACCCAUGCAGAAGAUCCAGCUGUCGCUGAAACCCUUGCUUCCAGUCCCGACGCCGCCGUGGAAAAGCCAGUCGCAACGCCGCCUCCCGCAUCAGGGUGCGUGCCAAUGGACGUGGAUAAAUCGAAGGGUGGAGCCUCGACAUGGAAUAGAACAAAGAAGCGGGCGCUCAAUUUGGAUCAGCUGAGUGCUUGGGGCAGGCUCAUAUCUCAGUACCCGCAGAAUUCCCACGUUUUGAUGUCUGGACCUGUUUUUACUGUUGGUCAAAGUCGAAAUUGCAACUUGUAUUUGAAGGAUCCAUCUGUGAGUUCAAUUCUGUGUAGAGUGAAGUCCAUGCAGCGGGAUGAAGGAUGUGUCAUUGUGCUAGAAAGUGCUGGAAGCAAAGGAAGUGUCCAUGUGAAUGGGAAACCUAUUAAAAGGAAUGCAGACGUUAUUCUUAAAGCUGGGGAUGAACUGGUUUUCAGUUCAUCUGGCAAUCAUUCUUAUAUCUUCCAGCAGUUCACGAAUGAGAAUGUACCUACACCUGCAGCACCUUCUUCAGUUGGCAUUACGGAGACUCAGAGUCCUCCUGUUAAAGAAAUCCACCUCGAAGCACGGGCCGGUGAUCCAUCUGCUGUUGCUGGAGCAUCGAUAUUGGCAUCUCUAUCCAAUCUUGGACAUGAUCUGUCACUUCUGCCACCACCCACCAAAAGCAAUGAAGUUGCACAACAAGGAAUUGAAAGACCUGCAUUGUCUCCUGGUUUUGAGGAACCAGAUGAUUCUGUUCCUGUUCUUGAUAUUCAUAGUUGUGCUAGAAAAGAUACUGCUGAUCAAAAUUCUGGAACUGAUGCACCUUUAAUUGAUAAUGCAUCUGUGCCAGCUGAACAAGCACCAUGUGUGGAUCUUAAUAUUGAUAACAUGGAUUGUGACACUGGUAUCAACGAAGAUAAUGGAAGCUGGAACUUAAGGUCCAUGUCUCAUAAAAAAUUCAUGCGUAUGUUGAAGGAUACAACCGACAUGGAUCUGGGUGGGUCCUUGCUGAAACAAAUAUUUGAGGAAAGAAGGGAUGUCUUCAAGGAUUCUGAUUCGUCGACGGUCUUGUCAGGGCCUGCUAAGUGUCAAGCUUUCAAGGACAGCCUGCGGGAAGGAAUUAUUGAUGGAAACAAUAUUCAAGUCUCAUUUGAUAACUUCCCAUAUUAUCUAAGUGAAAACACAAAAAAUGCAUUGAUUUUCCCCAUCUACAUACAUUUGAAGCACAAGGAAUUCACCAAGUUUGCAACAGAUCUUCCUACUGUUAGUCCAAGAAUUUUGCUAUCCGGCCCCUCAGGAUCAGAGAUAUAUCAGGAAACAUUAGCAAAGGCGCUUGCAAAUCAUUUUGGUGCCAAACUACUGAUACUUGACACUUCUUCAUUGCCUAGUGGAUUGUCUUCGAAAGAUUCUGAUGCUACAAAAGACGGAGUAAGGGUGGAAAAAUCAUCUACAGCUGCUAAGCAUCGUCCAUCUCAUUCUGAAGCUGUGCAGCAAAAGAAGCCAGCAUCCAGUGUUGAAGCUGAUAUUGUCUGCUCUUCUGCCUUUAAUUCCAAAUCCCCACCAAAGCAAGAGGCUUCAACUGCAUCCUCACGAAACUAUAUAUUCAGGAAAGGUGAUAGAGUAAAAUUCCUGGGUGCACUCCCGGCACCGGCAUAUUCUUCGCUUCAUGCUCCUCUCAGGGGUCCCUCUUAUGGUAGCAGAGGUAAAGUGCUUCUUGCUUUUGAAGGAAAUGGUUCCUCCAAAGUUGGUGUCAGAUUUGACAAACCAGUUCCAGAGGGCAAUGACCUGGGUGGUCUUUGUGAACCAACUAAUGGUUUCUUCUGUCCUGCUGAUUUUCUACAUUUGGAAAGUUCUGGUGGUGAAGAAGUUGACAAGCUCGCAAUUAAUGCAUUGUUUGAGGUUAUCACCACUGAAAGUAAAAAUGGUCCCUUAAUAUUAUUUUUGAAAGAUAUGGAAAAAUCUUUGAUUCUUAAUUCAGAUUCAUGCACCUCUCUCAAGCACAAGCUUGAAAAGUUGCCAGAUAAUGUGGUUGUGAUUGGGUCACACACACAUAUGGACAACCGUAAGGAGAAGUCACAUCCUGGAGGUCUCCUUUUCACGAAACUUGGCAGCAAUCAGACAGCGCUUUUUGACUUUGCAUUUCCUGAUAACUUUGGUAGGCUACCUGAAAGAGGGAAGGAACUCCCAAAGGCAACAAAGUUGUUAUUGAAACUUUUUCCCAAUAAAGUGACUAUUCAAAGCCCAUUGGAGGAAAAUUUACUCUCAGAUUGGAAGCAACAGUUGGAGAAGGAUGUUGAGACCUUGAAAGCACUGUCAAAUAUUUCAAGCAUUCGUUCUGUCCUAAAUCGCAAUAAGUUGGACUGCGAUGAGCUUGGAACAUUAUCCAUAAAGGAUCAGACACUCACUAAUGAAAGUGCUGAGAAGAUUGUUGGUUGGGCUCUGAGUCACCACCUUAUGCAAAACAAUGAUGCUUCUGUCAAGGAUGGCAAACUUGUCAUAUCAAGCGAGAGCAUUCAAUACGGCAUCAGUAUUUUGCAAGGGUUUCAGAAUGAGUCAAAAAACUCAAAGAAGUCACUCAAGGAUGUUGCUACAGAGAACGAAUUUGAGAAGAGACUCUUAGCUGAUGUUAUCCCACCAAGUGACAUUGGUGUAACCUUUGAUGACAUUGGAGCCCUCGAAAAUGUCAAAGAUACAUUGAAGGAAUUAGUGAUGCUUCCAUUGCGAAGACCAGAGCUUUUCUGCAAAGGACAAUUGACCAAGCCUUGCAAAGGAAUACUGCUUUUUGGUCCUCCGGGCACAGGGAAGACGAUGCUAGCUAAAGCUGUGGCAACAGAAGCUGGUGCAAAUUUUAUAAACAUAUCAAUGUCAAGUAUUACAUCGAAGUGGUUUGGUGAGGGAGAAAAGUAUGUCAAAGCUGUUUUUUCUCUUGCAAGUAAAAUUUCUCCCAGCAUUAUAUUUGUGGAUGAGGUUGACAGCUUGUUGAGCAGACGAGAAAACCCUGGAGAGCAUGAAGCUAUGCGGAAGAUGAAAAAUGAAUUUAUGGUUAACUGGGAUGGUUUGCGGACAAAAGAUAGAGAACGUGUUUUGGUACUUGCUGCUACCAAUAGACCUUUCGAUCUUGAUGAGGCAGUAAUUAGGAGGCUUCCAAGGAGGUUGAUGGUGAACUUGCCAGAUGCAACAAACAGGGAAAAAAUCCUUAAGGUGAUAUUAGGAAAAGAAGACAUGGCACCUGAUGUUGAUUUAGGACAGAUUGGUAGCAUGACUGAUGGGUAUUCUGGAAGCGAUCUUAAGAAUCUCUGUGUUACAGCUGCUCAUCGUCCUAUUAGAGAAAUACUGGAAAAGGAAAAAAAGGAGAAAACAUUGGCAUUAUCUGAGGGUAGACCACCGCCACCAUUGAGUGUUGGUGAUGACAUACGUCCAUUAAGCAUGGAGGAUUUUAGAUAUGCACAUGAACAGGUAUGUGCAAGUGUAUCUUCGGAGUCUUCAAACAUGAACGAGCUGCAGCAAUGGAAUGAUUUGUACGGAGAAGGUGGUUCCAGAAAGAGGAAAGCACUUAGUUACUUCAUGUAGGUAACCCCCAAUUGUACAGUCCCCCUUAUCUUCCCCUACCCUUUUUGUUUCUUCCCAUUUUCCCUUUUAUCAUGUUAAGCGCAAGAGAAGCAUUUGAUUACCGCACAGAAUUCCUUCCCUUCCCCUUUGUACCUUUAUGUAUCGAACUACCAUUUCAUAUAUCAAUGUCAAAUAUUAGAAUCA